AUCUUUAUAGCAGCCCUUUUAAUGUAUCGUGAAUCUGAGUUAAUUGAUUGCUGCAUUGAAGAUCCAAGCUUCUUUGCAGGCUGUCAUUUUUGAAUAAACCAUGAUUUUCCCACGAAUAAACCACAAUUUUCAUGGGUUAUUGCGAAUAAAUUAUGAUUCCCAUGAUCUGUCGCCAGGCAACAAGAAAUCACGUGAUUGAUUUUGACCAAUCGUGUGAGUAGAUUUAGGCCAUUGCACGAAGAUUGUAUAUGAAAUAUGAACAACAUAAUAUUCACAUACAACCACUUUAGAUGUUUCCAGUUUGCCAGCUGUGAACAUUGACUCCUUGAAGCUUGCCUUGCACAUCAUGAAACAACUAUUCAACAACAUAUUACACGUCUGGAGCAUUUAAUAAAGUUUUGCUGCUAUGCGGUCGUUAUAUCUUGCAUCGUUAAAUCAACAACUGAUUUUAAUCUGCCAACGUCACUGACAACGAUAAAUUACAAAUAUGCAUUGAAAGUCGAACAAAGAGUCUUUGAUUGUGCCUACGGUUGCUCUAUAAAGCGGCCAAAAUGGUCAGACCAGUCAUAUUUUGAAUCGUGAUAUAGCCACGUUGCAACGUAUAUGCCAAUCUUGCAAGUGUGUCGUAAUGAUGUCUUUGAAGCGACGCAAAAAGAAAUUCGUUAAUCCCGACAUUUCGCCGAAAGUUGACGAAACGCGGAACAUAUUUAUGAUAAUAUUAGUCAAUUCUGCCGCAAAGAACCGCCAACGCCGCGAAGCUAUCCGUCAAACAUGGGGAAGUACGGGUAAUUGCGAACAACUUACAGCAUUGGGAGAUGGAAGACUGAAAGAUCUAAGAUGGUUGUUGGUGUUUGUUGUUGGAAAAGCAGGACCGGGAACACCUGACGAUGAAUUAAAUGAAGCUGAAGCCAGACGGUACAAUGAUAUCUUGAUAGGCAAUAUCACUGACAACUACAUUAAUAACAUUAUCAAACUCUACAUGGGUCAUCUUUGGGCGAACAAAUUUGAUGUAAAAUAUACCAUGAAAACAGACGAUGAUGUUUAUGUGCGUAUACCUCGCGUGUUGGAGUAUCUUGUGAAUGCUAAACUUCCGAGACCCUUCUACGGAGGACAUUCUCACACACCACGUUAUAAUGUAAAUCGUGGAGUUGGUCACAGAUGGGCAAUGAGUUACAAGUACUAUGAAGAAGAGCGAUUCCCAACGUUCAUAACCGGGGCAUUUUGCAUCUUAUCCAGUGAUCUUUUAAACAAAUUAUUUAACUAUGUCCAUAUACGAAAACCAUUCCACAUAGAUGAUGCCUACGUUGGGGUUGCCAUGCGAGAUCUUGGAGUAAAGCCAACUAACAUCAUUUCGUUUCAUCAAAUAAACAAAAUGCGAAGGUAUGUAGCAUCUUUCAAAGACUGUGAGAUCUUCAGUUGGAAUGCUUUCGGACAUUCUUUGGAUCCACGAUCAAUUAAAGAACUUCAUGUUCGCGUGCAGACUCUUAUGUGUAAGAAUACCACUUUGGAUAUUGAGGAUCAUCGUUGCAGAAAGAAUGCGAAUUAAUUUGUUGCAUUUGACUUAGGUUCGACAGUAUAUACAAUAUAACCAGGGAGCAGCGUGGCAGCGUCUUCAAACAACUUAGCAUCAAAUCUGGUAUAACAACUGCCUAAAAUGGACAAAACACUUCUCGACAUUUCGACCUGAGGGCCUUCGUCAGGAGAGUUAGUCAUACUAUAGCUCCUGACGAAGGCGCUCAGCUCGAAACGUCGAAGAGUGUUUUGUCUAUUUUAGGCAAUUCAUACACACUAAAUCUAAUGCACAAAUUCUUUCUUUAAUUUUUUAAAUGUUUUGCUUUUUCGUCUAUAUUAAAACGGAUGUAUGUGUUCUGCGCAUAUAUUUUGCGCAUAACAAUGUUUGUUUUCAUAUUUUCUUCUCGUUCUCGUUCGACCGGGUGUGAUGAAUAUGCUUAUUUUAUAUUAUAUUGUGAAGAAAACAUAAAGCGAAGCUUGUGAAUAAACCGUUAUUUAAAACUUUAUAUAUUUGUAAUUAUAGAACAAGCGAGAAAGUAGCGACGACAAAUAGCGUCGCCAUCUCGUGUCCUCAUUCAACAAAUAAAUUCUUGAAGCAUU